AGUUUAAUGCCCACAUUUACGACACCUAGACCUCCUUUCUGCUCUGGUCUUAUAAUUGUAAGUCACACCCACAUCAUACUUCUCAAUAUUCUGCUGCACACAUCCUCAUCUCUCAUUUUAUAAACUACAGUUACAGUUCUGAAUAAAGGAAAUCCCAGGGUUUGAUGAUGGAGAAAGAAUCCAAUCCACCUCCAUAUCCCGGUCCUCAGGUGACUCAAACGGGCAUGAACUUCCCCGGACACCAGGGAGCUUACACGGCUCAAACAGAUCCGUCACCCUACCCCCCUCCACCUCCAUAUGGAUUUGGAGCUCCGCCCACUAAUGUCCAGCCCAUGGCAGUUCCUGUAGUUACGCAGGUGGUGGUGAUGUCCACCCUCACCGAUGUCCCGGGUCGCAUUACCUGUCCUCUAUGCCAUCAGGAUGUCGUCACGGAAAUUGAACAUUCCAGUGGUUUGCUCACAUGGUUAAUCUGUGGAACCCUUGCUAUCUUUGCGUGCUGGCUUUGCUGUUGUAUCCCGUUCUGCGUGGACUCGUGCAAGGAUGUAAAGCACAGCUGUCCAAACUGUAAAAAUGUCAUUCGUGUUUAUAGCCGCGUGUAGCAUAGUCUGCACAAGAGAACAUGAGGACGACGGAUGAAACCAGUAGAGCUCAGCAGACGACUCUGGGGUGGAUCCACACCGGAGCUGACGACUUCGGCCCAUAUCAGGGCCGGAUCCGUCCUGGCGCCUUCUGCUGUCUGGUACGGGAUCUUUGUACAGUCCUGUAUGUGCUAUAAAUUAUUCAAAGUCUACUAACUCCUUAAAGGAAAACACCACCGUUUUUCAAUAUUUUACUAUGUUCUUAACUUAGAUGAAUUAAUACAUACCCCCAUAGCCCCAUUCACUCCUAUGGUUUUAUUUUGUGUCACCAUACUCACUCAUUUAACUACUCAUGUAACAGUCUUUAAAAAGGGAAAACAUGCAAGUGUUUGGUGGCUUCUAAAUGAAUCCCUUUUUGAAGCCAUAGGCAUGAAUGGGACUAGGCUAUGCUAACACAUUCACGAGACGCUGUACAAAGAUUAAAAGUGCACACAUUGAAAAAAAAUAGGUAUGUAUUAUUCAUCUAAGUUAAGGGAAGAACAUAGUAAAAUAUUGAAAAGCGGUGGUGUUUUCCUUUAACAUACCUUUUUGCAACAAUAAAAACAUGUAUAAUUUGAAAGUUCUGACAUUGUCUGGCUGGCCAAUUUUUGUUGGUCAUGGGCUAGGUGACACCUACAAUGCCAAGUAAAAAGAAAUGUAGAAAUACAUUUUCCCCUCUUACUGAGAAUUAUAUGUUCUGUGAUUUGAAUCUGGGUAAUUUUUUUAAAUCUAUGGUGUAAUGUAAUUGUGCCGCCAUUGUAAUGCUAAAACAACACAUUUAAGCAUAGAAAAAAAAUCAAUAUUAAAACUAUACUACAUACUAAUCAACAUUUUGCACAUGUAACGUCUAUUUUAACUGUGAAAUAAAAAUGUAUCUUGACAACCGAUAAUUUAAACUGGCAAUGAAUCUUUGCAUUUGGUGUGAAAAGUAAGAAUGUACUUUGACACAUUUGCAUACAUCAAAUUAGGCUGGCAAUACACAUGCAUGUUGUACUACUACCAAUACUAUAGCAUCCAUGCCAUCCUCUCCAUUAAUAAUGUAUUUGGCUUGAAUUGGAUUGAUCAUUGCUAAAUACAAGAAGAACAGAAGAUCAUAAUAACACAUGCUAGAAUGCAACACGCAUGUCUGAUGAAACUGUCUAAAUGUCUAACAACAUCUUUCGUGGAACACAAGUAAAUCAUCUAUAUUAUAUUUAUUAUAUUUAUAAAUGUCUGGUUUUUGUAAACAGUAUGUUAAUGAAUGCAUUAAAAAUUACAUUGGUUUCUUGCUGUAUUAUAUCAAGACUUUAAUACUACUAAUAAAAAAAUAAAACAUUUU